GCCUUUUUCUGAGUGAGUCAGCGGCUCCCCCACCCACCUCGUCCGCGCUCUCCUCUCCUCCUCCUCUUCCUCUCUGGUCUCCUCCCUCCUCCCGGCCUGGUUGCAAAUGGCUUCGUUCCCCGAGACCGACUUCCAGAUCUGCCUGCUGUGCAAGGAGAUGUGCGGCUCGCCGGCGCCGCUUUCCUCCAACUCGUCGGCGUCGUCGUCGUCUUCGCAGACGUCCACGUCGUCGGGGGGCGGUGGCGGGGGCCCCGGGGCCGCGGCGCGCCGCCUGCACGUCUUGCCCUGCCUGCACGCCUUUUGCCGCCCUUGCCUCGAGGCGCACCGGCUGCCGGCGGCGGGCGGUGGCGCGCCAGGAGAGCCGCUCAAGCUGCGCUGCCCCGUGUGCGACCAGAAGGUCGUGCUGGCCGAGGCGGCGGGCAUGGACGCGCUGCCCUCGUCUGCCUUCCUGCUUAGCAACCUGCUCGACGCCGUGGUGGCCACGGCCGAGGAGCCGCCGCCCAAGAACGGACGAGCCGGCGCAGCGGCGGGCGCUGGCGGCCACAGCAACCACCGGCACCACGCGCACCACGCGCACCCGCGCGCGGCCGCCUCGGCGCCGCAGCCGCUCCCGCCCGCGCCGCCACCGCCCGCGCCUCCACGCUCAGCGCCAGGCGGCCCCGCCGCCUCCCCGUCGGCGCUGCUGCUGCGUCGACCCCACGGCUGCAGCUCCUGCGACGAGGGCAACGCGGCCUCGUCUCGCUGCCUCGACUGCCAGGAGCACCUGUGCGACAACUGCGUCCGCGCGCACCAGCGCGUGCGCCUCACCAAGGACCACUACAUCGAACGCGGCCCGCCUGGCCCCGCGGCCGCCGCCGCGGCUCAGCAGCUCGGGCUUGGGCCGUCCUUCUCUGGCGCUCCCUUUUCCAUCCUUUCGGUCUUCCCCGAGCGCCUCGGCUUCUGCCAGCACCACGACGAUGAGGUGCUGCACCUGUACUGUGACACCUGCUCCGUGCCCAUCUGCCGGGAGUGUACGGUGGGCCGGCAUGGCGGCCACAGCUUCGUCUACCUCCAGGAGGCAUUGCAAGACUCUCGGGCGCUCACCAUCCAGCUGCUGGCUGAUGCCCAGCAGGGCCGCCAGGCCAUCCAGCUGAGCAUCGAGCAGGCCCAGACAGUGGCAGAGCAGGUGGAGAUGAAGGCCAAGGUGGUACAGUCGGAGGUCAAAGCCGUGACAGCAAGACACAAGAAGGCCCUGGAGGAGCGGGAAUGUGAGCUGCUGUGGAAGGUAGAGAAGAUCCGCCAGGUGAAAGCCAAGUCUCUCUACCUACAGGUGGAGAAGCUGCGGCAGAACCUGAACAAGCUGGAGAGCACUAUCAGUGCCGUUCAGCAGGUCCUGGAGGAGGGGAGGGCGCUGGACAUCCUGCUGGCCCGAGACCGCAUGUUGGCCCAGGUGCAGGAGCUGAAGACUGUGCGCAGCCUCCUGCAGCCCCAGGAGGAUGACCGAGUCAUGUUCACGCCUCCUGACCAGGCCCUGUACCUUGCCAUCAAGUCCUUUGGCUUUGUCAGCAGCGGGGCCUUCGCGCCACUCACCAAGGCCACAGGCGAUGGCCUCAAGCGGGCCCUCCAGGGAAAGGUGGCCUCCUUCACCGUCAUUGGCUACGACCAUGAUGGGGAGCCCCGCCUCUCAGGCGGUGACCUCAUGUCUGCCGUGGUCCUGGGCCCCGACGGCAACCUGUUUGGUGCAGAGGUGAGUGACCAGCAGAACGGCACCUACGUGGUGAGCUACCGGCCCCAGCUGGAGGGCGAGCACCUGGUGUCAGUCACCCUAUGUAACCAGCACAUCGAGAACAGCCCCUUCAAGGUGGUGGUCAAGUCCGGCCGCAGCUACGUGGGCAUCGGGCUCCCGGGCCUGAGCUUCGGCAGUGAGGGCGACAGCGACGGCAAGCUCUGCCGGCCCUGGGGUGUGAGUGUGGACAAGGAGGGCUACAUCGUGGUGGCUGACCGCAGCAACAACCGCAUCCAGGUGUUUAAGCCCUGCGGUGCCUUCCACCAUAAGUUCGGCACGCUGGGCUCCCGGCCUGGCCAGUUCGACCGGCCAGCUGGGGUGGCCUGCGAUGCCUCCCGCAGGAUCGUGGUGGCCGACAAGGACAAUCAUCGCAUCCAGAUCUUCACCUUCGAGGGCCAGUUCCUUCUCAAGUUCGGCGAAAAGGGCACCAAGAAUGGGCAGUUCAACUACCCUUGGGAUGUGGCGGUGAAUUCUGAGGGCAAGAUCCUGGUCUCUGACACGCGGAACCACCGGAUCCAGCUAUUUGGGCCCGACGGGGUCUUCCUGAAUAAGUAUGGCUUCGAGGGGGCGCUCUGGAAGCACUUUGACUCCCCGAGGGGGGUGGCUUUCAACCACGAGGGCCACUUGGUGGUCACCGACUUCAACAACCACCGCCUCCUGGUCAUCCAUCCCGACUGCCAGUCAGCCCGCUUCCUGGGCUCGGAGGGCACCGGCAACGGGCAAUUCCUGCGCCCGCAGGGCGUGGCAGUGGACCAGGAGGGGCGCAUCAUUGUGGCCGACUCCAGGAACCACCGGGUGCAGAUGUUCGAGUCCAACGGCAGCUUCCUGUGCAAGUUUGGGGCCCAGGGCAGCGGCUUUGGGCAGAUGGACCGCCCCUCUGGCAUUGCCGUCACACCAGACGGCAUGAUCGUCGUGGUGGACUUUGGCAACAAUCGAAUCCUCAUCUUCUAAUCACAUUUCCUAGGCUUCUGGGUUUGGGGUGUGCGUGUGUACGUCUCUCUCUCCCCCUUUUGAAUUUCAAAGAAGAAACCGUCUCAGGGAAAUUUCUUUUUUUCUUUUGUUUAAAGACAACAAGAAAAGUACAACAUUGCUUACGUCCUACCUCAUCUUUAUUUUUUUACAGAUGAAUGUACUUGUCUUUUCUGCAGGGAUUGAGCCUGUGAUGAUUUCUAUCUACCUCAGAAACCUUUACAUUUCCUUCUCCAACAGGCCCUCUGCCUCCCCCCCCUCACGUGGUGGAGUUUACUCUUCCUUCUGUGGGGCGUGACAUGCACAAGCCUAGCAUCUCUGGCUGGGAGGGCGUGGAUGUGUGCGGUGGGGUGCAUUCUGUAGAUUGAGCCAAGGAAACACGAGAAAAACUACUAGUAAGUUAAAAAACAAAGAAGUAUAAAAUGUGGAAAAAUAGGAUUUAAGAUGCUUAAUGGUAGAGUAUUUGUGAUCUUGAGAAUACUGUGUUUAUGGGAUUAGGUUGUGUUGUGUGAUCUUGAUCUUUUUGGGAAAAAAAAAAUCUUUUUUUUUUUUUUUUUUUUUUUUUUUAAUGCUGCAACAGAGAACUUUCCUGUGUUCUCCUUUUAUACCUCAGUGUGUUUAUCAUCCUGUUCAGCAUCAGCAUCUUUUCUUAUUCUUAGAAGAUGUGGCUGUGGCUUGCUAGCCAAGAAAAGCAGACCAUUCAUAUCUUAGGGUAUGCAAUCUUUUGUUUCUUUAAAGGGAGGGUGUGCACGCAUGCAUGUGUGUGAGUUGGUGGGUGUGGGUCUGUGUAUAUGUGUACGUGUGGGUGUGAAGCCACCUUACACCAAAAUAGUAAAACUGGAAGUGCUCUACCACAUCCCAAAGAACUUCUUCUUUUCAUACUUUGGUUCCUGAAAACGUAGAUGUAGUUCAGGAUUUUUGAUAAAUAUUUUCAAAAGUUCAGUAUUUGUAGUUUGCUUUGGUUAUAAAGAAUUAAGUAGAAAGAAGGCAAAAAUUAACCUCCUUCUUAGGAAGGGAAUUUUCAGGCAUGGACUGGCGUGUGGAUAUGAGUGGGUGGGUGUGCGUUUGCUGAGUGGGUCAGCAGAGAGCAUGAAAAACAGGAAGGGUACCCCCAGGCUUCGGAGGGCAGGCAUGGUCCCCAGCCCACGAUUGAAUGUUGUUCUCUUAAUGCUAGGUGUUUCUUUUCCUAAAAAGAGUAGACAAAGGGAAGGACUUUUGUUUUUAAAAAGCACAAUUUUUUCCUGCUUUGGAAGUUCAGGGAAAUAGAAUGUUUGAAAGUCAAGUUAAUAGGAACAUCCCCAUACCCUCUGCUCAGGUCACUUUUACAGAGUGGCCUGCUCCCCAGCCAUGCUGGAAGACCUUGUGGUUAACGUGAAUCCCCCCCCACCCCUCCCCCAAAGGCCUUUGAAUGUAGAGGAUUUGUAAACCAAAUUGCCCCGACUGGACAUGAUAUCUUCUGUUCAACCUUUUAUCGGUACCAAAGAAUGAAAACUUAAGUCAGGCUCCCACUGCAGAAUCGUGGGAUGGCAUCCGUCACUUUACAGGGUUGGUUUAUAAAAAGCUGGACUUGGGUGCAGAACUCGUGCUAAAUGAGAACCACAUUCCAAAGCAGAGCAUCAUAGGACAAAGAGGUGCUCCCGGACAGCAAUGGCCUACAGGGACACCUCUGGUUUAAACAGGAAGACUGACAGAUCAGUUUCUGUUCUGGCAUUUAAGAGAAAUGCCUCUUGCAACAGGGAUGUAGUUUUUAACGAACAGAAUAAACUAACUGAUGGAACAACUGUUUUUGUGGUCCCCAAAGAAAAGCAAAUGAGGGGGAGCAGUGUAGCUAGCAAGUCCAUCAAAUAGCAUUUCUCAUCCAGCUCUUUUGGACAUUCAGUUUAUCACGUCAGGGGCCCCUGUCUCUUCCUGUUGCUUUAGUUCUAGGGUUUCUGAGUGACCAAAAUGGGGCAAACUUUGUUUCAUAAAGGAGAACUGCAUGCAAUGAAGGACCUCAAAAUUGGAAAGUCAAACUGCUGCCUUCCAGCUGCUGUGUUUCAGGGUGGGGAGGUGCCAGGAGGUCUUGUUUCAUAAGGUCCUCGUCUUUUAAUUGAAGAAUUUAAUAGUGAAUUCCUCUCUAAUUCCUAUUCAGUGGCCUUUUUUGUGUUGCUCCUAAGUUCUAAGCUUUGACUGGUAAAGAGCUCAUAUAAUUAAACGUUUUUAUUGUUUUUUAUCUUGGAAAAACAUGGUGCUCAUCCUCCUUCUCUCAGCCCCCCAUGUGCCGCCUCUCCCCCCCUCCUCCCCCGCAACUAGUCAUACCCUUUAAAUACCAAAGACAACUGGUUUUUAAAUGCUUAACAUUUUUUUUUAAAUGGAAAAAUAAUGGAUCUUGAAAAUUCUUUACAAAUGCUCUCAGAAACCCAAAUUGUAUUAUGGCCAGGCUAAGUUAUUUCAGGUAGUCACUACCUCUGAUUAUUCUGUCUUCGCUCACAUCAUCUUCACUCUUCCCUUCCUGGUUUGCCCAUAUGUGGGGAAAUAUUGGGACCUGAGUGAGAAAUCUUGGUGAGUAGCAGUAACUAAAGCUGCUUAUUUAAUAUUUUUCUGUGGAUUUGGUUGUCAAGCCAGGAUUUCCACAGAUGACUGAAAUGAUCAGGGCUUAUUAAUAGACUGUCCAAUUUGCAGGCUUAAAGCUAGUGGGUCCCCUCCCUGACAUGAGCAUGUGGCUGGGUGAUAACUGCCUCUUGACACCUGCUUGCCUUUCUCUGCACCCACAAUUGUGCAUCACUGCCAUUUGAGAAACAUAGUCACACUUAGGAAGCUUUUGUUUUUAAAACAUUGCCCUCUGUGGCUGCCUCAGAUUGACUCCUGACCCCAGGACUUGGUGCAAAGCACUUGGGAGUGUGCUUCUUGUACAAUGUGGAAUGCUCCAAAUCAAAGAAAGAUGAGAAAAGCCAACAUCUGUGUGAGUGAGGCUGUUCAAAAUAAGCGUAUUUCGAUACAUGUCUCCUGUCCCUUAUAAGGUGAUGCUAGGGUUGCAGGAAUUGGGUCAAAGAGGGAAAAAAGAUAAGGUUCUGAGUGCUGUGGGGGGAGGAGGUUAAAAUAUUUCUUUUUGAUAUUUAGACAAUAAUCCCCAUGUAUAUCUGAUCUGGUCCAGUGGUGGGAUGGGGUGUCAGGUUGGUAUAUAGCUUGUGAUGCCAGUUUGGACUUGAAUAUUAUACAGGUUUGGGUAUUAGGGUGGCUGAAGGAAAUCUAAACUCAGAUAAAAGCCACUUUUGGUUGACACUGCCUCAACAUUUCAAAAGUGUUACUGUUUUUGGUUUGUUUGUUUGUUUUAGUAAUUCCUCUGUGGAUUUGUCACAGGAAGCAAUGCUGUCUCAGAACCUGUGCUGUGUUGUGGCUGGCAGGUGGCAUGCGAGUUGGCUGGAGCCCAGUGACCCAGACAGUUCCCCCACGUGCACUCACUCUUUGAUUGAUGGAUGCCCUUUUAAGUCUAACUUAUUUGGGAAAUCAGGGAAACACAUACAAGGGUACCACAAACAGAAUCUAACGUACACGCUGGGCCAAAAAAAGUUGCUGGAUGGAAGGUACUUUGUGAUGGAGUUGUUAAGAGAAGAGUGUGAAGUUGGCUCAGUCUGUUUUAUUCCAGUUAAGCCAAAGCUUAAUGACCUGAGGAGAGAAGUCUUUUAAGCUUGAAGCAGCAGAAUCCAUGUCUUCCUCUUUGGAAGAUGCAGAGAGGGCUGUGUUCUGGUAGAUAGUGAAAGCUAUGCCAAAGUUAUAGGCUUGUUUUUCUGUUUAAAAAAAGAAACCCAAUGGUGCCAAAAGUAUUUAUUUCAAACAUCACUCUAAAUGAGUUUCCAACAGUCUGGGGCUGUAUAAAAGUCAAACGCUUGUAUGUGAUGGAAUGUAGAGCCCAUUCCUCCCGGGGCUCUCUGGCCAGAGGCACAGGAUACAUGCCACACCAUCCACUCUGCUUUCGUUGAGUUUCUACCUCACUUUUGGUGAAAGUCAUCUACCUCAUGUUAGCAUCCGAUGGGUCUUUGAAUAGUAUUAACCUCCCAGGGAGUGGGCAGGAGUGAGGAGCUACCUCUAGCAGAAAAUGUUUUUAUAAAUGUAGAACUGACUUUUCCCAGGAGAAACGUUUGAUUGACCUUGGAAAACAACAACAACAACAACUUUGAAACCAAAUAUUCCUAUACUCAGGCAAAUGUAAUCAUAAAUCCAAGUAUUUCUUACCAAUGUGGCUUUUCCCCCCCUAGGAGUUACACACACCAUUACCUCAUUGUUCAGUAUUAUAAAACUACUGGUUCAUUUGACCUAUUUGAGGACUUAACUGCAUAUAAAGCCCUUUAGGUCUCCCCCCCCACCAAGAGAAAAACAUUUUACCUGUAUUUUGAAUGUCUGCAAAUACAACUUUUUAGGAACAAUUCUAAGGGUCUAGUUAUUGGUAACAUCAUGUCUUUGAAGGGAAUGGAAUGAGCAUCCUUUAGAGUUCGUGAUUGUAUUUGUACUAUUUCUGGACCCAGCAGGAUGUCCCACCACCAUGACAUUGCAACAAUCACUGUUAAACUAAGCACUGAUGGUUGCUCUUUUGUGUCUGGGGGAUUUUUUCCUACCAAAGGUAACAUAUUCUUUGACAGGUGUUCUUUUGCUUUGCUUAUUCAUUAAAUACUUGAUAAAGUUGAAAAGCACAUUACCAUGAUAAACUGUAUUGCCUCUUUGCUUCUCUUCCCCCACUAGCUAAUUUGUGUUUGGGCUGGAAGAGAGGAACCUAAGACCACUGUCAUUCUUGUGAAUUUGGUUUAAAAUGUCACGGUGAAGAAAUACCUCAAUGAUGCCUAUUUUUAAAACUGAUCUUACGGGUUAACAAGCCAGCCUGGUGGGAUGUUUUUCCAUCGUCAUUUAACCAGUAAUGGUUCUAAAAGUUUUGUGUAUCCACAUGGUCGUAGACCUCCUUUUAAUGAUUGUAUUAACUUGCAAGCUCAGGUAGUAUUUUGCUUAAGGCUCUAUCUCAGAGCACACUGACUGAAUGUUAAUGUGUGUAGCAAAGUGUUUACUUUCUUUAAAUAACCGGCUCUGGAAUAGUUCUUUAUGUUUCUAACAGUCUGUCUAGUUGUCUUUUCAGAGGGAGAUUUUCCACAUUUCUGGGGUGUUCUUGUUUUUUAGGGCGGUAAGAUUUCUUCCUUUUUUUUUUUUUUUUUCCCUUCUUCUUUUCCCCUAAAUUCAGUGCA